AUAUAUGUAUUUAGCAGCCGCUGAUUGUGACAUUUUGUGACCUUUCGGGUGGAGGCAAAGGAACACAGCUGGGCGACGCGUACUUAGCACUCAUGGCGUUUAACGUGAUUCUCUUUCAAAAGAUCAACGACAACUGAACCUUCGUUGACAAUGCAUCAAAGACAAAGCUUCCUCUAUCGGCUCGCGAAGAAAUUAGAGCGAAAUCUUUCAUUAACUGUCGGUAAAGUCGACCACGCUCUUACUUGACAGACUGUAGUUUUGCGAGGAUCCCAAAUUCAGACAUCGCGGCAUAAAGGCAGCUCCUUUAUGUGCUGUCGAAAGCAGUUUUGAAAUCGACGAAGGGAUGGUGUGUGUCGAUUCUCUUUUCACGGCUCUUUUCCAAGAUUUUGCGCAUGGUGAAUAUCUAGUCGGUUGUUGAUUUUCCAGGUCUAAAGCCACAACUGAGUUCAGCGAAUUAAAAGACAGCGGCUACGCUGGCUAGGUCAUGUUGUCCGGAUGGACAAAAACACUCCAGCUCUGAAAGUAUUCGACGCCGGGGAAAGCAGAGGAAGAGGAAGACCUCGACUCCGUUGGAAGUACCAAGUGGAGAAGGACCUGGCUUCGCUUGGAAUAUCCAAUUGGCGCCACGUAGCGAAAAGAAGAAACGACUGUCGCGCUGUUGCUAACUCGGCUAUAAUCGCGUAAGCGGUGUCUACGCCAAUUAAGAAGAAGGGGAAGUCACACUGAUAAGGACCAAUCAGUUUGUUGACGGUGGGCUUUAUUUUUUCACACAAUACGCUCGAUAGAACCUUAUACGCGAUGUUUAGAAGACUUACCCCACGGUAGUUGGCGCAGAUUAUGGGGUCUCCCUUUUUGUGGAUGGGGCUGUGCACACUUAAAUUCCAAUUGUACAUAAGGAGCUUGAAAUGCCGUCUCACAGUUCCCUUAUGCCAAGUAGUUGACGAGUGCUCAGAGAGUAGGCGUGUAAGUCGAGUAGAAAAUUGUUCGGCUGUCUGUUGUUUUUGCAGUUUCUCGACGUCGAACCUUUCUUGUGUUUAUUGACGUGCGUUUUUUGCUGCAUAGAAACGAGUGCGAAUCUUUGCUGCAACAAGAUAGUGGUCCGAGUCGAUGUUAGAACCUCGGAGGGUACGCAUGUCUAGAACACUGGAGAGGUGUCUUCCGUCUAUCACAACAUGGUGGAUCUGGUUGGUAGUGUUUCGAUCCGGAGACAGCGAGGUGGCUGGAAUCUAGUACUACAGAUAACCAUAUUUCUGGCCCCGGCGAAGUCGAUUAGCCUCAACCCCUUUGGGGAUGUUUCUUCGUGGAGACUGAAUUAACCGACUGGUGCGCCAAAGAUACUUACCUGGCGUUAAAGUCGCCAAUCACGACUUUGAUAUCGUGGCGGAAGCAACUCUUAUAGGUGCGCUCUAAGAGCUCAUAGAAAGCAUCUUUGGUCACAUCGUCCUUCUCUUCCGUCGGGGCGUGGCCGAAAACAUAUGUUGAAGAACUUCGCUUUUAUGCGGAUUGUGGCGAGACGUUCAUCCACCGGGGUGAAUGAUAGUACUCGGCGACAGAGUCUCUCUCCCAUCACGAAUCCCACACCAAAUUUGCGCUCCUUUAUUUGACCACUGUAGUAAAUGCCACAAGGAUCUACUCGCCUCAGUCCUUUUCCCGUCCAUCUCAUUUAUUGGACGGCGGUGAUGUCAGCCUUCAUUCUGACGAGGACAUCACCCAGCUGGGCAGCGACACCUUCCCAAUUAAGAAACCGGACAUUCCAGGUGCAAGCCCUCAAAUCGUAAUCCUUAAUUCGUUCGCCAUGGUCGGCAUCAAAAGGUGGGUCUCUCAUCCAAAGCUGAUUGUUAUUUUUCAUUAGGUACGUUUUUUACGUGGCGGGUCCCAAACCCAACCUGUCGAGGGGAUGUUUCGCCUUCUCAUUUUGGCUCACCUUCGAACGGAUGUUCUUUGGCUACCCAGAGAAUACUUGGUCUAGGACUGGAAGUCAUGAGCUACUUGAGUCAAAUCUAAAGUAAUCGUUUCUGGCCACUCCCAAGUGAAAGGCAAUUAGAGAACUUUUCUCACUUGCGUGAACUUCAAAUCUCUAUUUACAGGCAGGGAAACAAAAAAGUCCGGGGGUUCAUAUCUGGAAGCUGGUUUCAAGAAAGGCAUUGUCGUUGUGCAACUUCCAAUCGGCUGCGAUGUCUUGUCGGACCCGAUUGACCCCUCUUUUGAGUCUCUGAAGGACUUCCACGUAAAACUUGUGGUUGACGGUUUGUCCAGGAGGAACAAGAUCAUGGUGGAUGCUGCCUUUGAUGUCAAAAAAGACAAUGAGCAUCACUUUCACUUUGGAUUUUCUCAUUCUAUAUCGAAAAAAGUGCUGGUGCCACCGAAACCCACCAUUUCUUGGUAAAGCAACAUCUGGGUAAGCCUGCUUGAUCAUAUCGAACGUCUCUGUCGCAGAUUUACUGAGUUUCACACGGAAUUUAAUCGCGUACUUCUGAUCUUACGAACGCUUCAUUUUCAGGGUUGCACCACUCACAGAAACACGUUGCGCAAAAAUGUUUUUCCUGAUUCUCCUAUUACUUUCCGGACAAUCCCUGUAGAAACAACAUCCAAUUCAGAUCUUAUGAAUGACCACGUGCUUAACAAAAAUAAGCCACAAUUCACAUUUUUGUUUUUUGUUUCAUAAAACGAGUUCGAUUAGCUUUUGAAUUUCACUUCAAAGGAUCAGUGGAUCUCAGGAAUACUUUGCAAGCGUCUGCGUCCAGUCGAACGUUGAAUAAUAUACUUAUUGAAAAAGACUCGAAGGCACGCUCAACAAAGACAGGUCCACUUCAAAGCAAAACAAAUACUAUAUUUUCCAAAUGCACAUAUAACUCGCAAAAAUUUAAAUAAUGUACUAUGAUCUGAUGAAAAGAAAAUGAAUUUGUUUAAAUCUAAUGGAAAACUAUUGUAUGUAUUUGUAACCGUCAAAAAAAUACUGAAGGAGGCAAUAUAACGAUAUGAGAAUGCUAUUCCGACUCAGGAGUUGGUCAGAUACUUUUGAUAAAAGAAAAAAGGAGGAGGUAAUGGUACCACAUUCCGACAAAACCGAAGCGGGACAUAAAACGGGAGUUCAAGCAGGACCAGAAAAUUCAACAUUAUUUCUCAAAGUGCCACCAUUUUGGAAAUUUUUUAAAAUUAUUUUUGACUACGACGUCGGAGAUUAUGUUUAAUUCGCAAAAUAUUUAACUUUUUAUUUCCCAAAAGGUCUUUUUUUGGCUGGUUGCUACAGACAUGUCUGAAUGAAAGUUUGCAUAAAUAUAGUCUAAAAAAAAGUAGACUUGGUGAAUAGAGUCAUAUUUUUAGCAAUGUUACUAUUGAAGCACAGAACUUUAAGAUUGUUUAGGAGGUGGUAACUUUCAUCGUUUUACCAUAUAAUAAUAAUAAAAUUUUACAAUUAUCACCCACGUGGCCAAUAUGCGUUGAAGACGUUACAAACACUGCCGAACCACGCUACCAAAACAUGAUCUCACCGAAUCCAUCGAGUUGUAUCGAAAAUGAUCAUCACAUUCAUCACCGCACUCAUCACACAGCAACGGCAGGUUCUCAGACUUGUGGCUUUAGCUCGGGAGUUCGCAAUAACCGACGCAUCAUGAGCAACAACAAUGUGUGCGGUGUACGCUGUCGUUCUUUAUUGGGCUAUCAACCGCAUUUGCAGCUUAUCAAUGAUGCUAAUAUUAUGGGCAGCAAUAAUUGCUGCGAUACUGGUGCAUCUGGAGGCCGUUAUAGUCCACAUCCGAAUGAGAUGUUCUUGCAGCAUCAUGGUAAACUCUCAACCCAACCGAUUAAUGGCUUUGAUGAUUCAACAAAUUGUUGUUUGCCGCCACCAUCACCAGCGCCGAAUAGUGAUAGAUGCAUAAUGGGCUUAACAUCACUGCAAGGUUCUCAAAUAUGUGGCGCUUCCAGUAAUGUUAACUGUUUGGAUAUGCAUACGACAUACACUAAUUAUGAUGGCGGUGGCAAUAUUGGCGGUCAAGUACAUCAAGCUAACACACAGCAUUUACAUCAACAUCUACAUACUCAUCAUACAGCACAAUCGCUUUCAUCAUCCGCAUCAACAUUACCGUUGGCUGUUUCUAGCAAUUGCGGCACAAACUUGUCAGAAAAGUACGCAGGCAGCAUGCAACAGUGUUCCAUUUCACCGAAUACUCGAUUUCGCUUAUCAGACCGAUAUCGUGAGGUGUCUACGCCUAAAUCACUGGUUUUGAAUAGCACAUCCACCAUUGGCAGCCAAGGCGCCUUUGCUGCGGCCUCGGGUGAUGUCUCAACACAGCCUUGCAGUGCCGCACGAUACGCAUCUUCCGCACAUUUUUUAACACAAGGUACACCCCUGAUGCCAAGCGACACAUACACAUACCUUUCGUCGACAGUGCAUACGCCUGUAAAGCGCUAUGUGCCGACCCCUCCACCGCCAAACGAACUAUACACUGACAUAUCGGUACAACAGUCUACACUGACGCCGCAAACAUAUGUAAGCAAAUGCACGAACAAUAGCAGUGUGAUCAGUGAAAAUGGCACAACGCAACAUGUCAACACACUGCCUUUCCGCUUACGCAUGAAAUGCUGUGCCAAUGAUUUGGCACAUCCACCAGUGAUGCAGGCAGCUAAUACAAAUACCUCGCACAUGACGCAUAGUCUUGAGCAUCGGCCACAAUCAGUUACCGACUACUAUGCCACAUCUCCGCGUACUCGACCAUCCUUCAAUAUUGUUAACAACAGCAAUAUCAUUGCUAACGGCAUGGGUAAUUCAAAAUGCGCUGGAGUAACAGCAAAAGAUGCUUCCAUUAUCAUCUUACAAGAUCAACAAAUGCCAACAAAUGAAAACUUGGCAUCGCUAUCUCAGUUGCAUAACACAUCUAGCUGUAUAACUUCUGCGUCGACGGCCUGUUCAGCGUCGACAGCUGUGGCGUGCGGUUCUAAUCCUUUAUGCGUUAGACCGUCGACGGCUUCACCACUAUCUAUUGGCGCCAACGGUAUGUAUGUAGUCAGCAACAGCCGCUUGAAUACAAACGGUGUCGCUCGUGCUAAUAACUCAAAUGUGAUAAAUGAUAGUAACAGCCGCAUUUAUACGACGCCUGUCACCCAAAUGGAUGCUAAUUCUGGCGGAAAUAGUGUUGGUGACAGUAUAAGCAACAUAAAUUCUGGAUCCGGUGCAGCCACCACUUGUUUGCAUUGCAACACAGUACGACGUACAACCGGCGUCCAUCAGACCACUCAGACAACAGGCCCGAUCAGCCCAAUACCUAUACAACAGGUACUUGAAGGCAAUAGCGCAGGAGUCACCGGUAGUUGCAAUGGCGUCUUUAUACAGAAUAAGUUGGAACAAACUUCACUUUCACUAACACCAUCCACCAGCGAGUCGCAUAUUUCCCCGCAAUCGCCGUCGGCAAAUGGAGCACCCAAUUCGCGAGUACCUCUUCGAAGUAAAGCGAAUGAUCACAGUACCAAUAACGGAGUUGAGCAAUUGCUACAGCAGCAAGGAGAUCAAAUUUAUGUGACUUCAAAAGCCCUACAUCAUCCAAUGAAUGUAAUAACAGAGGGCACAAUCACAGAGCACGUUAGCAUUGCUGGGAACGGUCAAAUGUGCAAGCAGCAGCAGCUUCAACAAGCUUUGAACCUUAAACGGCAGCUACUACAACAUUCGAAUAUGCAGAUGCAUCAUCAACCACAACAGCCCUCACCAAUACAACAACUGCCUAUACCACAACAACAGCAACAAAUUCAACGCUUUUCUCGAAAGAAACGUUUGAGUCAAUACAUACGCAAAGAAAUAGCUCGUUUUUUUGGUGUAGACGCCAGUACGGAAGCUGAAGAGUUUGCUGUUUGGCAAGGCCGUCAAAGGCGUUUAGCCCUCCGAAGGUUUGGUGCGUUGAAAAGCGAGAAUGAGUUACAUAAUGAAAUGAAUAGCAGAAAUACCAGUGAGAUCAAUAACCGCACAAAUUUCUAUAAUGGAGUCGGUGGAGGGACUAAUCAACAAUACCAUCAACAUCACUACCACCCUUCGGAAAGGCCUGAUAUAUUACCCGCUCAUGAUACAGAAGGUGAUGACUUGACAAUCGAAUAUACAUCGCGACGACUCCAUUUCUCAUAUACUGACUUCCAGUUAGGAGAUCAUGUCGAGCGGAAAGCAUCCGUAGGUACAAUGAUUAUGUCUAGUUUAACUUAUAUCGUACAGACACUGAAUAAACGACAUCCACGCCACAACCGACAAUGGUCACGGAGUUUUGCGCAAGCUCAUAUAAAUCAAAUGAAUGGUAUCGAUAACUCAGGUGAUAUUUUUGAAGGCUUACCAGCGCUUCACGAAGAGGAACUAUUUUUCGACUCUUCAGGUACUGAACAAACUCUAAACAAUAGCAAUGUAAUCGGUUUAAAUAGCUGUAAUGGCGCAAAUAGCGGCUCGUUGCAGCAAUCGAACGUUAUGAGACCUGGUGAUGGCAGUGCCACGAUCACGAACAAUAGUGGCGUACAGCUACUUGAACAUCAUCGACAAAUAUACAUGAGUGAACGUAUGCACGGAUGGCGUACUUCGGCUGUAAUGGGUGGUAGUGGAAAACAUGGCACUCCCAACAGCAACGUUGCUACAAAUGGUGAACAAAUAACUGCGUCCAUAUUGCUGCAGCAAGCCACAACCACCAACAUUAAUACCGGUGGUCAACAAUCAAGUAAUGUUUGCAGUACUAGCAUUUCCCACCAGUCCAAUAUGACAGCGAUCGCUGGUAAUAAUGGCAUACCUUUACUGCCAAAUGUACAACCAACAAACGCAACACGCGGUAAUCGCAUAUCGGCACAACUUUUAGAUGGCGUACUCGAGAAUUCGCGUCGCUCAAUACAGCGCAAAGUUAAAUUAUUUACAGUUAGUGAUCUAGACGAUCGUGCGGAUCAUCGGCCAUUUUUUACGUAUUGGAUAAACACAGUGCAGACAUUAGUUCUCUUAUUGUCGCUCAUUUGCUACGGUAUAGGGCCUAUAGGAAUUGGAGUUGAACAAAAAACAGGACAGGUACUGGUUACUAGCCUUAGUUUGCAAACAGUGCAGCACACCGAACAGCGAAAUUUAUGGAUAGGGCCACGAAAUAACGACUUGGUACAUAUGGGUGCGAAGUUUGCUACUUGUAUGCGUAGCGAUGUUCGUAUCAUGGAUGUGCUAAUGAAGACGCGGCGGCAAGAACGUGAAACAGCAUGUUGUAUACGCAACGAUGAUUCAGGAUGCGUACAAAGCUCUCAAGCGGACUGCUCUGUGCGUGGACUAUUCCCAACCAAGUCUAUAUCAACCUGGAAAAAAUGGUCGCCUGGUGAAUCUGGACCAGGUGGUCGCAUUUCGGGUUCCGUUUGUGGACUGGAUCCUAAAUAUUGCGAUGCACCCGCAUCCAUAGCACCAUAUGAAUGGCCAGAUGAUAUAACAAAAUGGCCAAUUUGCCGGAAAACAAAUUCGUUUUCACAACGUUUUCGCUAUAAAGAUCACACCGCCGAACACAUGGUAUGUGAGGUCAUAGGUCACCCGUGUUGCACUGGAGUUUAUGGAGAAUGUAGAAUAACCACUCGCGAGUACUGUGAUUUCGUCAAUGGCUACUUUCACGAAGAAGCAUCGUUAUGUUCGCAGAUUUCCUGCUUAAGCAACGUCUGCGGCAUGGUACCAUUUAUAUCUGGUGAGGUGCCUGAUCAAUUUUAUCGUUUAUUCACAUCACUUUGCUUACAUGCUGGGAUUCUUCAUUUGGCCAUUACUAUCGCCUUUCAACACGUAUUUCUAGCCGACUUGGAGCGUUUAAUAGGGCCUGUCCGCACCGCUAUUGUUUAUAUUGGCUCAGGACUGGCUGGCAAUUUGACUAGCGCCGUACUAGUGCCAUACAAAGCAGAAGUCGGACCAUUGGCAUCAUUGUCUGGUGUAAUUGCAUCCCUGGUUGUGUUGCUAAUACUUAUCCACUGGAAACAUCUACGUAAACCGCACGUUGCUCUUUUCAAACUUAUGUGUAUAACAGCACUAGUUUUUGGCGUUGGAAUACUACCUUGGCAGUUGAACUUUGCAGGCCUGUUGGCGGGCAUUUUUUGUGGGAUAUUCUUAACCAUUGCGCUGGUGCCGUUUGUGAGCGUUACCAAAUAUGGACGAAAAUCUAAGAUCAAUCUUAUAUGGUCCUGCGUCAUCUUCCACCUGUUUAUAUAUUCAGUGCUGUUGGGGAUUUUCUACGUAUUUCCAACGGAGUUAACUUCACUAAAUGUGGGAGAAGUUUUAAAAACAAAUUUGAAUGCUAAUUCAGGCGGUGGCAGUAACGUUGCAGACAGCGUAAGUGUUGGGGUCGGCGUUGGAGGAAUCGGCCUCGGCGGUGGCCAUAGUGGUGAUAUACCUGCUGGUAUCAGUAAUGGCAGAGGGUAUAAUGGCAAAAACAAAUGGUACCAAUCGAUGCAGCAGCAGCAGUAUUACUAUCACCAUCGUUCCAGUGAUAUAAUUACAAGUGGAGUGGAUUUACAGAAGGAACCAUUACAAGUGCAGCAAAAUGAAAUGGGUCCUGUGCCAUCAUUUUAUAAUUAUGCUUACCAUAUGAAUCGCAGCAAUAAUCAAAUGAGUAGCAAAUACAAAUAUAAUCCUAAUAAUAACGGUAAUAGUAAUAACAGCAGUUUCACAAAUUAUUAUUUUGCGAAUAACAUCAAAAGCUUUUUGAACAGCAGUAACAAGUCACACCAUAUAAUUGGCGACAGUGAAAUAUUGUCAGAAAAUACGCGGCCUGUCGCCAAAAUCAUAGAAGUUGAAGCGGGAUUGAGUAAUCAUAGUAAUAGCAACACUAAGAUAAUCGCGUAUAACAUAAAAAAAAAUAAAAGAACUGGUGAUGAAGAUAUCGGUGAUGGAAGCAAUAACAUUGACAUUGACGUUAUUGUCGGGGACAUGACAGUUGGUAAGCUGCAGUCGUUGCAAACAUUCAACGCUAUAGUCAAUCAGACGCCUAAUUACAGUAGUGGUCAAUAUUCGUUUGGGAAGCAAACUAACAACUUGAGAUUUGUAGGAGUUAGUACCAAUGGUAACUGCAACAGAAGUAGCAGUCUUAUCUUAGAAAAUCAAGAGCUACAGCUACAACAACUAAGGCUUAUGCUACAUUCAGGACGAAAACAGUCACACCCUAACGGAAAUAAGGACACGAGCUUUUACAAUGAUCGCCAAAAAUUAGAUAAUAUUGUAGAUUCGUUACAUAACUUCGACGACAUUGACAUACACAGGGAACUAAUGUAUAUAGUCGAAGCAGAUACCGACAACAAAGACGAUCGCACAAGAACGCAUGUAAAUCCGGAUGCGAAAACCCAGUUCACCUUCCAUUUAAAUGAUUCCAGCGUUUUUGCGUUCACCAAUGACAAAAAUGUAAAUAAGACUUCAAUCAAUCCAAAAGUCGCAAAAGUUGCCAAAUCCAAAGUUCGUUUCAGCACAAAGCCAUGGCAGAACUUUACGGAUAGUAAACAACAGCAGCUAAAUUUAGUAUCAAAUGUUGCACCCCCAUUUAAGAGAUUAUAUAAAAAAGUCGCAGUAACAGCAUUAACAGAUACAGUAAAUAUGUCACGUUCGGCUACCGGAGAUCCGGCAUCAACAGCUACAGGACCAAGAAGCACCACAUCGUCAUCCACGCUGGAUGAAGCGGAUAAAUUGAAAACAAAAAAUGAAUUGAUGAACAACAAAAGUGCAACAAAAACGACAAAUAGCAACAGCACCAAAAAAAUAACACCAACAAUACAGCAAUAGACGCCAAAGGGGUAUGAGUAUAAUAACAUAAAUAUUUAAAAAUAAUUUCACAAACAAUAGUAGUUUAAGUAGCGAGCAAAAGCUAAAAAAAAUUUCAUUGUAGAACUAACGCUAAACACAAUUUCCAUAUGUUGCACAUGCUGGUACACAUACACGCAUAUAUUUGUACAUGUGCAUUCAUACAGAUAUGUAUAUCAGUAAUGGCCACAUUAAGCGAACAACACUCCGAAAUACCAAAAGCAGCUAACGAGCAUUUUAAAAAUAUAUUUAGAGCUUUGCGCGUCGCUACAUGAUCAGUUAUUAAAUUCUCUUUUUUACACAAAAUGGCUUUUAAGGAGACCCUUCAACUUAUCUCUUAUAAGUCGUUUUCGAUUCGCCAUAUCUUUAUAUCAUAAUUUGCUUAUGCCAGUUAAUUCGUUUAUAUUAGUUACUCGAUUGCCACUUUCCACGGAAACAACUAGAAUAUUGUCUAACACGAUUAGGUGAUUUACAGCUUUGCCAAAGCUUAAGGCAUACUAUUAAUUACAAUUUGUAUACGCUUGAAACAUGAUGCUACAGAGUAUAAUGGUUUUGUCCACCUAACGGUUGUUUAUAUCACCAAAAACUAAUCGAAAUAGAUAUAGGUAUGUUAUAUAAUAUACAUAUACUUAUGUAUAUAAAUGAUUAGCAUGACGAGACGAGUUGAAAUGGUCCGCCUGUCCGUCUGCUUGCGCAAGCUGUAGCCCAAGUAAAAAUUGAGAUAUCAUAAUGAAACUUAGUACACGUGUUCCUUAGCAAAGUUCGGUUCUAUAAAUGGGCGGGAUUAGAUCACUGCCACGCCCACAAAAUUCCGUUAACCGAAAUCCAAUAAAGUGCAUUACUGAGCAAUAAGUUAAGAUAGGCACUUGUGGGGUAAAAAUUUUGAACGAUUGGGCGUGCCCCCGUGGUCUUUAAGAUGUUCAAUGUACAUUUAUCCUAAACCAUUCAAGCAAUAAUAAUCAAAUUUACUCAGGACAAAUCCAUUAAGUACCCCUACGUACACUGUUAAAAUGUAUUAUAAAAUAUAUUUUAUAAUGAAUUUGUUGUUGGCUUCACUGCUAUGUAAACUGAUUAGGUUUUAUUAAAUCAAAUAUAUGAAAUAUACAAAUAUUUUAAAAAUGGUAUGCUACUUAAGUUCUUUUUUGUGCAUAGCAGGGCAGGUAGUAAAAAUGUUAAACAGUAACAACAUAAAUUUACAAAUAAUACCUAGUGUAGGUUUGGCUAACAAAACGAAAUAGAUAAGAUUCAAGGGUUUAUUAUAUAGACGUCAGCCCUACCAACUGACUAAAUAACAAUUAUAUUUACAAUUUUUUCCUAGCUUUAGUUAUCGCAAAAAUAUCAAUGACUUUGUUUAAAUCCAGGCUUUUUUUAAUUGCUAUUAGCGAUAAAUGUCGGAGUCGAGUUUGGUAUUUGUUUUUUUUAUUUUUAACUUGCUAAAUGACCUUUCAGUUGCUGCAGAAGUGACAGGAAUUGUCAUGAAUAAUAACAUUGCUGCAAAAACUUCCGUUAUAUAGUAUUUGGUUCAUUGUUGUGAGAAGUCCAUGCUUGAAUUGGUUUAGGUAAAACUAGGUGGUAAAUAUUAAUAAAUUGAAGUGAAAAACUAGGCCUAUUAUAUCUGAAUAUUUUCUUUGGAAUUCGUCACACUUUUGUAAUAAAGUUGCUUCAUCAACAUGUAAAAAAAAUGUUGGUGUUAGAAAAUAAAAAAAAUAUUUUUUCUCGUUUUGGAAAUCGGUGAUCAACUGCUAAUUCAUCAAAAUGUUUUUUAAUAGUUUCUUGCAGAUUCACUAGCUUUGCACUUGAAUAUUUCGAAAUCAAAUCUAUAAAUUUGCAUCUUUGCUUUGGUCUCUGCUAAAACUAUACUCGCCUCGCCAAAUCGAAGGUCGCAUUUUUGUAAAGUUUUGAAUUCGCAAAGCAACGCAAACUCAAAAUUUAACACUUUUGUUUUAAUACUCAUUGCUUCACUACGCUCAUCUUUAUUAGGGUUCUUUAGAACUAUUUCUGAUAAUGCUUUAAUAAUAUCAAAAUAACGAAGUUUUAUUGGAGACCGGAAUUAAUGUGAUGCAAGUGACUUGCAUUUUUUCACGAUAUUUCGCAUUAUGCAAUGAGCUGUAGCCGAAAUCUAUAGAUUUGACACAAUUUAUUGACUUAACGGACAAUAAUGUGAGUGGUCAAAUCAAAUAAAAUUGAACCACUAUAUUGACCAGUACAAAAGUUUAUUAACAUUAGUUUACUUACUCCUGAUCCAUGUAUUAAUUUUUUAACCGUUCUCUAUAAAAAUCUUAACUCGAGUUCAUAAUAAAUCACUAUCCCUCAAAUUGACAGCACUGCCAACCUACAGAAACAAUUUAGGGGAAAUUCCUAGCCAUAACUUUUGAAUUUCUCUCAAGUGAGUUGUCAUGAUUAAAGGGGCGUUGCAACCUGUCAUAUUUAUUUUGAAAAUGGGAGAAAUUUUCAAAAGUUCUGUUCGAUCGAAAUUUUUGGAAUGGAUUAGAGAGCUUGAGGGUCCCAGGGCACUGCCCCGCCUAGCCCCUGUAUAGCUACGCCACUGGUGAGAGCAUUAUAAGAGCCGGUGUCAAUUGGGCGUGGCAUCGCCUACAUUUAGGUGAAUACCCAUAUCUCAGGACCUACUUUACAUUAUCUUCACAUUAUUAUAUUCCCAUAUAACUAAAUUUUAAAUUUCAUCUGAUUUAAUGAAUAUAUUGGGAUAAAACAUUGCGCGGAUAGUGUCUUUAAAAUAUGCCAUCUCAGGCCAAAAAAUUGUUAAAAUCGGAACAUAACUUUUCAACCCCCAAAUACCGGGAAUAUGAACCCUAGAGCCUCAGACUGACUUUUAACCGAAAAUAUCGGACAAUAUGUACAUAAUUGAAAUUAGGAGAUUCCUGAUAAUAUUAUGUCUGUAUGCUAAAAGUGGGUUGAAUCGGGUCAAUAUAGGCUGACUUUAUACCGCAUCGGUAUAUCGGCCGAUCAAUGAAUUAUCUCAAUGAGAGAGCGUGUUUUUCUGAUAACGGUGCAUGUAGGAAAUGAGGUGAAAACAUGCCCUAAACCCAAUAUAACUAACAAACUUUAACUUAGUUCUUCCUUACUUGAUUUAUUUCCGGCAUUUGCUCAGACUAAUGUGUUCAAGUCAAAUUAUGGACGUAAUUGAAAAUGACAUUGAUUGUAAAUUGUACUUUUCGGAGUACCUAUAAAACGUAUUUACAAGGGUUGCCUUUUAUAUUUCAGGAUUAUGGAACAAAAACAAAUAUUAAUCAUCGAAAAUUGCUUCAUAGUUUUUUUAGAUAUUCUCCAUUAAAAUUUCUUACAUACAGUAUUUUUAUUUUUACCGUUUGGUACACAAUUAAAGUGUAAAUAACUCAUAAAUUAGGCGUUGCAGGAACAUGAACAAAUUACAAUUUUAAAUAAAUAAUUAAUUAAAUAAAAGUAAAACCAUAACAUCAUGACAUGACGGUAAUUUUAAAAGUAAAUGCUGUUUGUCUAGAUCCAGUCCCAGGCGGUGUACUUUGCGGUAAUCAACGCCUUUCCUUGAGAUUCAUCAGAAAACAUUGGAACAAAAAAAAUGAUUUUACUAGCUAUUCUAGUGCUAGAUUUUGCGGAAAAACCACCAAUUAUUUAUUUAUAAAACGUCGAAAUUAAGAAAAGUGCUCGAAAAUUCCUUCUGUUUUCAAAAAGCUCUAUCAAGUACCUUGAAGGCUCUAUUUGUUUUUCCGGAUACAUGGAACGGUUCUUGAUUUGUAUACUGAAAAGUAAAAGAACCAGAUGAAAUUUAAAAUUGUGUUAUCUGGGAAGUAGGCGUGCUUUUUGUCUGUUUUCGCCCAUUUUUAAACUGUAGGAAUGUCAGGAUUAUAUUAUAUACCGAGUUUGGUUGGUUGGUGGGCGAUGCCAUACCCAUCACCCAAUUUUUCCAAUUGCUCCCAUAAAACUGUCUCGUGCAAUUGGGAAUGUUAAUUUUAACGUCUCUGAUACAUUCAGGUACUGAUUUAUCUCGCUUUUAGUAGUUUUUGACUAAUCCGUUAUAUGGGGUGUAGAUGUUGUGGUUAUAAUCCGAUUUCACCUAUUUACGUUCUGUGGCAAGAAGUGUCGAAAUGAUAUGUCCUCUGCAAAUUUGGCUGCAAACAACUGUUAGGUAAAACUAUUAUACUCUAGAGUAACAUUUUGCAAAAGUACAAAAAAAUAUGACUACCCCUAGCCUUUUAAUAUUACAUAAGGUCAUACAAACACUUACACUAUAAUCACAAUUCAAAUAGACCAGACAGAAAACAAUAUAUAAUUUGUGGUUAAUAAUUAAGUACUUUCACAACGAGUCGGCAGAAUACAAAAUGAUAAUAAUAUGCUCAACUACUACGAGUUAAGAUGAAACUUUCAAUAAAAAGUAAAAUUUGAAAUAUUUA